UACUCUUGCGACCUUUCGAAGUCUCAACUCCGUUGGUCUGAAUUUCAACUCCUCUCUGCAUCUUUUCUUCCAAAUUUUCGGCGCAGAAGGAACUUGAUUUCAACCAAUGUUCCUUCGAAAUCCAUUCCCAAACUAAAGGAACUGAAAUUGAAUUGGGAAAGUAGACUCCACGUUCUUGCAAUCCGUUUUUUUGAAGUUUAAACCUCUGGAAGCAUCACUUCCCUUUCAAGUACUGCCGCCAAGCUUGGUUUAGACGUCAUAUCCUUUUAUCUUACCAAUUUUUUGGUUUUGAUUUCAUUUUGAGAUGGAGGAAAAGAACGAGGAAGUGGAAGAUGUAGGGAGUGCGUCUGGCGAUUCUUUUAUCGAUGAAUCAGAAGAUGAUGGGCCAUCAACAUCUGGUCAGGACGAGCAAUUGCAUCUCGAGGAACCUUUGACUGAGCAAGAGAUAGAGGAUUUGGUGGCCGAGUUUUUGGAAGUUGAGAGUAAGGCUGCAGAGGCUCAAGAAGCACUUGAAAAGGAGUCUCUUACCAAAGUGGAGAAUGAAGUUAGAGGAGAACUGGCAUUGACUCUUAAUGGUGAUGAUUUGGAAACAGCCGUUGCAAAUGAAAUGUCUAUUUUUACAGAAGAGUGGGAAGGUGCGCUUGACGAGCUUGAGAUCGAGAGUGCUCAUUUGUUGGAGCAACUUGAUGGUGCUGGUAUUGAGCUACCAAGUCUCUACAAGCUAAUUGAAAGUCAGGCUUCUAAUGGUUGCUAUACUGAAGCUUGGAAAAAAAGGAUACACUGGGUAGGCUCUCAGGUAACUGGUGAUCUUCUUGCAUCUGUAUCUGACGCAGAGAAGACCCUCCAAACUCAAAGGCCCGUAAGGAGACGACAUGGUAAACUUUUGGAGGAGGGAGCAAGUGGAUAUCUACAGAAGAAAUUUUCCGAGAGUGAGGGAAUCGUAACAAAAAAUUUGGAAGUUGAUUGGAGUUCUCUUAAUAAGGUUUUUUCGGAAGGUUCAAAGGACAAUGACACAUUGUUCGGUAGCAAGAACUGGGCUUCUGUGUACUUGGCCAGCACUCCGCAGCAAGCUGCAGAAAUGGGACUCAAAUUUCUGGGAGUUGAUGAGGUAGAGGAGAUAGAUGACGUCGAUGGAAAUUCUUGUGAUCCAUUUGUUGCAGCUGCCAUUGCAAAUGAAGAAGAAUUGGAUCUUUCCGAAGAACAAAAGAAAAAAUUCAGAAAGGUCAAAGAAGAAGAUGAUGCCAUUUUUGAUAGAAAACUCCAAAUUCAUUUGAAACAAAAACGAUAUCAGAAGAGAUAUAAACAGGAGGUCUUGCAAAAAGAUGUUUCCCCUGUUGAAAAAGUGAUACAAAGAGAUGAAGAGCAGCUUGUUUCUCUUGUUGACUGUUUGAACCCUGUUUCAGAUGAGAAAACUGAUGGACGUCAAAAGGGGGUCUCUGAUGAUGAAAAUGGAGAUGGUUGCCAUAAUCUGAAGAUCGACAUACCCAAUGGUUCUGAUGCUUCAAGUGAUAAUGACAUGGCAAGGUCUAUGGAGAAUACCGCUUCUGUGCUUCCUUCAGCUUUAUCUGAUUUUGUGGAGCCUUUAGGUUCAAAGCGUUUAAUUGAUACGAGAGAAUUGAAUGUUCAAACUAAAAGGAGUCGAACCAUCAGUGUACAUAACGAUGAAAGUUCCCUGGUAAAGGAGCAUUCUACUUCCAAUCUGACGAAGUUGGACAACGUAUGCAACAUGAAACAAAAUGACCAUGGUGCUGAUUCUCUUCCACCAGAGAGUCUGAACAAGAAGAUCCGCUGUACUGCUUGUGAUCAAGUGGUUAUUAAAGCAUAUGCACAUCCCUUUCUAAAAGUAAUUGUUUGUGCAGAUUGCAAAUGUUUGAUGGAUGACAAGAAGAAUGUAAAGGAACCUGAUUGCUCUGAAUGCUAUUGUGGAUGGUGUGGACGAAAUGCUGAUUUAGUUAGUUGUAAAUCAUGCAAAACUCUAUUUUGCAUCAGUUGCAUUAGGAGGAACCUUGGUGUCGAGUGCUUGAUCAAGGCCCAGUCUUCUGGCUGGCACUGCUGUUGUUGUUGCCCAAGUCUCUUGGAACGCUUGACUAUGCAGUUGGAGGAGGCCUUAGGAUCUGGAGAUUUGACAGGUUCCAGCUCCGAUAGCGAUUCAGACAACCCAAAUGCAGAUAUAAAUGUAACCAUAAGCUCAAAGAGAAAGCGUAAGAAAAAGAUACGGAGGAUACUUGAUGAUGCUGAACUAGGAGAAGACACUAAAAAGAAAAUUGCCAUAGAAAAGGAACGCCAAGAACGUCUGAAAUCUUUACAAGUUCAGUUUUCCUCAAAUUCUAAAAUUAUGAGCUCUGCUGGCUUUUGUGGAAACCUAUCUGAAGGUGCUAGUGUUGAAGUCCUUGGUGAUGUUUCCACUGGAUAUAUAGUGAACGUUGUGAGGGAAAAGGGAGAAGAGGCAGUUAGAAUGCCAUCGAGCAUUUCGUCGAAGUUGAAAACCCAUCAGGUUUCUGGAAUAAGAUUUAUGUGGGAAAAUAUCAUUCAAUCAAUAAGGAAAGUGAAGUCUGGUGAUAAAGGCCUUGGAUGUAUUCUUGCUCAUACAAUGGGCCUUGGUAAAACUUUCCAGGUUAUAGCAUUCUUAUACACUGCAAUGAGAAGUGUGGACUUGGGUCUACGAACUGCUCUUAUAGUCACCCCUGUUAAUGUGUUGCAUAAUUGGCGGCAAGAAUUUUUAAAGUGGAAGCCUUCAGAAUUAAAGCCUCUUCGUGUUUUCAUGCUAGAAGAUGUAACAAGGGAGAGAAGGGCAGAGUUGCUUGCAAAGUGGAGAGCUAAGGGUGGUGUCUUUUUAAUUGGUUAUAGUGCUUUCCGGAAUCUAUCACUUGGUAAACAUGUCAAGGACCGACACAUGGCUAAAGAAAUUUAUCAUGCAUUGCAGGAUGGACCAGAUAUACUUGUUUGUGAUGAGGCCCACAUGAUUAAAAAUACCAAGGCUGAUAUAACCCAGGCUUUGAAACAAGUGAAAUGCCAGAGAAGGAUUGCGUUAACUGGAUCACCACUACAAAACAAUCUCAUGGAGUAUUAUUGCAUGGUCGAUUUUGUGAGAGAAGGUUUCCUGGGAAGUAGCCAUGAGUUUAGGAACCGCUUUCAGAACCCUAUAGAGAAUGGGCAGCAUACUAAUUCUACUCUGGAUGAUGUUAAAAUAAUGAACCAGAGGUCUCAUAUCCUAUAUGAACAGUUAAAAGGGUUUGUUCAAAGAAUGGACAUGACUGUGGUAAAGAAGGACUUGCCACCUAAAACUGUCUUUGUGAUAUCCGUUAAGCUUUCUCCCUUACAGAGGAAGUUAUACAAAAGAUUUCUUGAUGUGCAUGGAUUUAAUAAUGGCAAGGAUUCCAGUGAACAGUUGAGGAAGAGAAGCUUUUUUGCUGGAUACCAAGCAUUAGCCCAGAGGUUGAUUAGCACUUUGAUGAGAGAAGUGCGAGCCGCGAGGGGGGUCCAUUAG